UAUUAUCUUUACCCGGCAUCGACAACUAAAUCUCCAUAUUUAUAAUCCCCUGAUAUUAUUAAACCUUUCGAAUUCAUUUUUAAGUAAACAUCUCCUGUGAACAGACAUUAUUUUAAGGAAGUUGAUUAGGUUAAUAAUGUGUUGAUAUUGAGAGUGUGUAAGUUUAAGUGCAUAUAUUUUGUGAAGUGUUAUAGUGAAAUUAUAAUCAAAAUGUCUAAAGAAACGGACGGAAAAGAGGAAUACGAUCCAGAAUUCACAGAAAGGGAUCCUCUUAAAGAAAUAGUAAUAGAAGUGAAUGAAAAACCAAAGAGUUUCAGGGAGAAAUGUUCACACGUGUUUAACAAUGUAACUCUAGAACCUACUAUGAUAUUGUUUAUAGUAUCAGCAAUGAUAUCAAUAAUUACAACACAGAAUUUAAGCUUGGAGAAAGCGUGUAGAGUAGACUUGAAUUUUACUGACGAAAUAUGUUCAUCACUUAAACGCCAAGAUAUAGUAGGUCAGAAUCAAUAUGAAAGAGAUACUCAGAAGUUACUGGCUUCAGCUAUGGCCUGGAAGACUUAUUUGACUGCAUCAAUACCCUGUGUGAUGUCAUUAUUUGUAGGAUCCUGGUCAGACAUCACGGGGCAUAGGAAAAUAUUCGUUAUCAUCCCGAUCAUAGGGAACAUACUCGUGUGCAUAAACAGCAUGAUACACACAUAUUUUUUCUAUCAAAUGGGACUAAAAGCGUUCGUGUUCAGUGAAGCGAUAAUAGAAGCGUUCUCUGGUGGUUGGUGUAUUACCUUUUUGACAAUUUUCGCAUUCAUAAGUACAAUAACGACAGUGGAAAACCGCACUUUUAGAAUGGGACUGGUCCAUUUUUGCCUGACAGUGAGCUUCCCUAUCGGAACGGGAUUAAGUGGGAUAAUGCUGAAGAAAUUGGGAUAUUACGGGUGCUACGCAACGGCGGCUAGUUUGCAGUCCGUGAAUUUGUUGUAUAAUGUUUUCGUUGUGAAAGAUCCGAAGAGGACUGCACAACAAAAGAAGCAUGACGGUAAAGGAGUCUGUCACUUCUUCCGCACAUUCUUCGACUUCACAAACAUCAAGAACACGGUACAAGUCGUCAUGAAGAAGACUCCGGACAAUCGUCGACUGAGACUAUGCAUUCUUCUUCUCGUUGUUACCAUACUCUUUGGGCCUAUGUACGGUGAAAUAUCGAUCAUGUAUAUGUCAACGCGAUAUAGAUUCAACUGGGAUGAAGUUAAAUUCAGUCUCUUCCAGACAUACAAUUUCAUCACUCAUACAAUCGGUACAAUAUUCUCCAUCACGGUGUUCAGCAAAUACCUCAAAUGGCACGACUCCAUCCUGGGCAUCAUCUCCACACUGAGCAAGAUCGCUGCCUCAUUCGUCUACUGCUUUGCUCCUAAUGAAAGGAUCUUCUUCAUAGCCCCGCUUGUGGAAAUCCUAAAUGGAACAGCAUUAUUGGCUAUGAGAUCUAUUGUUUCUAAACUAGUAGAACCAGAUGAAUUAGGGAAAAUCAAUUCGCUGUUUGGCCUGACAGAGAACCUUAUGCCCUUGUUAUACGUGCCAUUGUACACCCAAGUGUACACCGCUACAAUGGAGACGCUGCCAGGGUUCGUCUUCCUCAUGGGUGCUCUGAUGACCAUACCUGCUGUUGCAGUGUUCUUCUGGCUGUUUUAUGAACACAGGAAAUACGUCAGAAAAUCAAAAGUGCCAAAGACGCCAGUAGAUUAAUUGCGUUAGGAAAUAACUCUUAUUUAAAUUUCGAUGCUUAUUCAAUGAAAGUUGUAUGUUUCAUUUAUUUUUUAAGUGAAGUUGUUUUAAUAUUUCAAUUAAUUAUAUAACGAAAAAGAACUAAUAGAUGUAAACCCAAAUCAAGUUUCCAUUAUUGAAAUCACAAUAUUAUAUUAAAUAAUUCGCUUAUUACAUAAAUAAAAAUACCAAGAUUGAAAUAUAAAAAAAUAUUUUCCAUUGAUACCGAAAAUUGAACUAAAACCAAAACAAACGGUUAAAGGUAAAAUUAAACUACCUACCGUACCACAGCGGCUGAAAAUCGUUUAUUUUCUCCUCAUUUUACUAAUACUGUAUUUUGAUAAGGUCACCUUUAUAAACAGUAAAAAUAUGUUCUAAGUGGAUGAAAUGAAAUGAGGGAAUUGUUAAUAGAUGAGAGUUAAUAAAUGAUGUUAUUUAGAUAAUGGUUGUUUCAUAAUAUAUUAAAUUAUCUUCUUUACUUCAUAGAGAAUAGAGUACAAUAUGUACAAAGAAUAUCUGAAAUUAAAAUCAACCAAAAAACUAAAAGUUGCUUAAUAACUACGUUUGUUGUAUGUCCACCUUUAAUAAUAACUUUAUUGUUAUUUAAUUAUUUAUUUUGUAAGGAAAUAUACACAUUAAUAUUAAAUUAUUAUCAAUAUCUUUAAAUAAUAACCGUAAUAACAAAGAGCAUUCGCUUCCUUGCCACUGUAUUGUUAUUUUCAUUAAAGAUCUACAAAUUAUAAUAUUAUAAUUAAAUAGUGUUUUUUUUUAAUAUUAUGCCCUUUAUUCUAUUGUACACACAUACUGUAUAUCGUUUAAAUUUAUUUGUUUGUUUGUUAAUACUUUAUUGUACAUACAUACAUACAUAUGGUCACGUCUAUAUCCCUUGUGGGGUAGACAGAGCCAACAGUCUUGAAAAGACUGAUAAGCCACGCUCAGCUAUACUUUAUUGUACAU